AUAUUUUUUUCAUAACAGAUAAGCCCCCGAAGCGACGGUAAACAAUGAUAAAAAGAAUGAAUGCAAUUUCACACAAAUCGGUAAAAUUCCUUGACAUGUGUCGUUCAUUGCUCCAAAGCUAUACUUAUACAAAUAUUUUUUACAGAUACGCCCAUAAAUUGUGCAAAAUGUCCACCCCAAUGCUGCUCGUACAUGGUGGAGCCGGUGGUAUUAGCGAUGCACGCGUGCCUGGCAAGGCAAAAGGUAUGAAAUUAGCUUUGAAAGCAGGAUUGCCACUGCUGAUGCCCUCGGCGGAAUGUGGUGGUAUCGAAGCGGGCUCUGCGUUAGAUGCCGUCGAAGCGGCUGUGCGCGUCAUGGAGGAGGAUGAGAAUUUCAAUGCUGGCUAUGGAGCAUGCUUGAAUAGUGACGGCAAUGUAGAAGUGGAAGCAAGCAUUAUGGAAGGUUCCCGGCUUGGUGCUGGCUGCGUAACUCUACUGCGUGACAUUAAAUACCCUAUCUCGGUGGCACGCUGUGUUAUGGAAAAAACUAAUCAUACAUUUUUGGGCGGUGCAAGUGCUCAAAAGUUUGCUUUAGAAAAUGGUGCUGUGCAAUUGCCACCAGGUUCAUUGGUUACACAAAGUGCACGUGAUGCAUUGGCACAAUUUAAGCAGCAGCAAUCUGAGGGUAGAGACACUACUUACGCGCCGACAGAACUGGAUAAGACUGACAAGGAGCGGCCAGGUGAGCCAGGCACUGUGGGCGCUGUCGCUAUUGAUGCGAAAGGUAAUAUUGCUGUGGCCACUUCAACAGGUGGCAUAACAGGCAAAGUACCGGGACGUAUAGGAGAUACACCACUGCUGGGUUGUGGCACUUAUGCUGAUAAUAAAUGGGGCGGUGUUUCUACUACAGGUCAUGGCGAGACAAUAAUGCGUUUCAAUUUGGCACAAAAGAUUUUAGCCAACAUCAGAUACUGUAACAUGUCCGCUCAGGAGGCAACCGAUGUGGCGUGCAAAGAGAUGACUGAACGUUUAGAAGGAACGGGCGGUGCUAUAACUAUUGGGCCCAAGGGUGACAUUGGUGUUGCUUGGACCACAAAGCGUAUGGCCUGGGGUUAUGUGCGUGACAAUGAAUUUAUUUAUGGCAUAGAUCACGGGAAGGUUCUGAAGGAGCCAUUUUAAAAUAGUGUACGUCGCAGUGAUUUUGUAUUGACUGCCAGUGUAAUAUGGUUACGCAUCUUUGCACGUUUACAUAGACAUAAAUCUAAUAAAAAGUAUGUAAGCUGUGGAUAGAACACGAAAUUUUCAAUUUAAAUGUGACGAUGUAAUGAUGCAGAUGCCAUGCUUUUAUAAUAUAAUGCAGUCGCGACUUAAAGACAUAUGCAUUUUCAAUACCACCUAAACUUUUUCAGAAACAAAUAAAAAACUAUUUAAAUUUUU